UUGUUGGAACAUGGCAGCUGGCUUGGCUGUGGGAAGGUGGGGGGGAUCGCCUAUCCUCGACGCUGCAUAGAGCGGUAGUGGGUAGCUGAGCGAUACAGAAGGAAGGGAAGUUGAAAGUCAGCGGCCGCGAUGCCCAAGUAUUACGAAGAUAAAGAGAAGGACGAGCGCCCUUGCGCUGGCAUUCGGGAAGACCUGAGGUUUUGCCUGCUCGAGAGUUUCUGCGUCGUCCAGGAAAAGAAAAGCAUCAAGCAGUGUUUGAAGGAAGGAAACUGCAGUGGUUUACUGGUUUCAUUUUUUGAAUGCAAAAGGUCAAUGUUGGAUAACAGAGCAAGAUUCAGAGGAAGAAAGGGAUACUGAAGUCACUCAUUAAGAAACAGCAAGCAUGAACAACCUUGGAUGCACUGAUACCUCAACAUUAAAAGACUGACCAAUUAGGUUAUCAGCUUUUCCCAAAUGGCUUCAUUUCCAUGCAAACGACUGCUGUUUAAGCACUGAAUGACUGAACAUGCUGACUAUCUGGAACACUAAAAUCACAAUAUUAUUGGUGAUGGUGAUGGAUGUUUUAAUGUUCCCAUUUUUGUUCAAAUAAUCAAGCUUAUCCAUCUACAGUGUCUAAGUUAGACUUGGCUAGAGGGCAAAUUCUAGAGUAUAACUGGUUAGCUGCUUUAACCAAUACAAAUUUGUGGUGGUGGUCAUAACUUCUUAAUAAAAUAUUUCUCCAUGAGUACUAUAAUGGCCGUCAGUUGAAUUGCAUUGUCCUGAAGUUAUUUUCUUUUUGGAGCUUGAUGUUUGGAUGGGUUCUUCCACUCCAGUCAUGCAGUGUGUUACCACAAAUGACCUGUCUCGAUGUUGGGGGAAAUUAGCUAUGAGACCGAGGAGGUCAGAGGGGUACAAGGGAUCACAUGUCUUUGUAUACCAAGGUCCAGUUCAGUAGGAAGACUCCAGAUUUAUAGAGUUUUCAAUAGAUUUAUUAGAAAAUCUCCCUACAUACAAUCACUCUAAGCAAUCAAAAUGUACACACAAUCCAGAACUAAGAAUUAAAAGGUGAUGAUAGAGAUGCUUAGGAUUAGUUAUAGGGGUUAUACUACCUGUCCAGAUGUGUAGACAGCUGUGAAGAGGAUAGUGCAAAUGGCCAGCAUUCCACACUAAGUACAAGGAGGCCCAAAGAAGAGACUUUGGGGGUGUACUCAAUAAUGGAUGCUCUCACAGUGCACACUGCAGUGGGGCUUGCUCUCUUUAUAGGAAAUGGGGGGGGGGCGGUCUCCCAGGCUAGAACUUGAUGGGUGUAAUGGCUGUUGAUGGUCCUACCUGGGCAGAUUGAAUAAGUUUGAUGACCACUGAUGGUCCUGCCAAGGUAGGUUGAAUGGGUUCCCAGGCUUAGACAAAAGGGGGAAAUGGGUAUCUGAUAGUUGUCAGGAAGAAUUUGUUAAUGAUUUAAUCAUUUUUGGUUUUGGUACCUGUGGGAGGGGACGGGAAGGCCACUUGUUGAGACAAAAGGCUUCUACACAGGUAUAGGUAUUACAGUAAGGGGGGAUACAUGAGGGUAUGGAGACACAGAAGGUUCGCAAGAUGUCCACUGAAUGGCUUUAGAAAUGCAGAUACCUACUAUGCAUACCUUUGCUGGGUGGAGGGCGAGAGUGGAGAUUGCCCUUGAGGACACCUUGUGCAACCUUUGACAGAAACCCUUUGCUGAGCUUUGGCUAGCUCUUUGACACAGGUCAAGAGUGUCCUCUUUAGCCUGGGUUUGUGGGUCCAGGUCAGAAGUGGGGUGCCCCACUGUUGGGGCUACCCCAAGUGUAAGGUAGCACCUCGGGGCUACAAGUGUUAGGAGUCCCUAGUUGUUUAACAGUCUUCUGCUGGGAUGCUGAAGUUAUGAGGUAGUUUGUGCUCCUGAAAGAGGCACUUCAAUCCUGGAAGGGAUUGGUAUGGCAACUCAAUUACCGUGCUUAACCAGAUCCUGUUAAGCUGGCUGUGUGUGUCUUAUACAGAAGGGCAUGCACAUGCUCAUCCAAGGCCCCUAACUGUUGUGCGCAACUACAGCUUGACUGGAAUAAUUAUCUUCAGGUACAGUGGCUAUGAUAGAGUGAGUAGCCAUUGUCCAAUCUUGAACAGGUGAAAUGCCCUUCUUGUGCCCUGGCAUUAUUUCCUUAUUCUAUUAACUAUAUUCAUGUUCACUGUAAUUCAUACAUUAGCUUAUUCUUUAUCUAACUCAUGAGGUAGGUCACAACAACCCAGAGAACUAAGGCUGAGAGAGAAUGCCUACUGAAGGCCAUAUGAUUUUAACCUUUAAAGUCCUAUAUGGUCAGGA